UGUAGAAUAAGAGCUGCCGUAGCUGACGUUACUACUGUAUGUAUGAAAGAAGUUAGCUGGUUCAUGUCAAAAUAAGAUUAACCUCAGGUUAAAGGUAGUUGGUUGCCAUGGCAUCACGAUCAGGACCGCGAGCUUCAGGAACUGAUGGCGGUGACUAUCAGCAUCGCGAGCGUGUGGCGCCUCACUAUCAGAUGAGUGUGUCGCUGAAGUCUGAGAUCAAGAAGUUGAACAUCGCUCAAGCAGUGCUUUGGUUGCUUGUAGUGGCACAGGUGGUGGUCAGCCAGCUAAACCUAGUAUCGCAUAAAGUGGUGGCCGCUCCGUACCGAUGGGAAUACUUUUAUCUCCUGAGCAUCAUACCAACUCUCUUCAGCUUCAUGGCUCUGCCUAAAAACAACAUCAGCUACCUUGUCAUCUCAAUGAUCAGUGCUGGGCUUUUCAGUGUCGCUCCUAUUCUUUAUGGAGGAAUGGAGAUGUUCCCCAUCGCUCAACAGCUUUAUCGCCACGGCAAGGCUUAUAGGUUCAUCUUUGGCUUCUCAGCCGUGUCUGUGAUGUACUUGGUCAUGAUUAUUGCAGUUCAAGUGCAUGGCUGGCAGAUCUACUACAGCAAAAAGCUGCUGGACGUGUGGUUCACCAACACACAGGACAAAAAGAAGAAAUAAAAGACUGCAGAAUUAUCGUGACAUGUUUUUGUGUCUACAUCCUCUUUAAGAGGGCUCUUUGAUGACAUACAUUUUUGAGUAUUACCUAAAUAACUAAUUGCAGACUAAAAGGAAACCAAAAUCAUUGAAUUAUUUUCUCACAUUGACUCUGAGCCAACAGCAAGACCUCGGUGAUGUGAAUACUGUAUAUGCUUCGAGGCUUAGAUGUCACUUGCCGUUGUAAUAUCUGAUUUCACAAAUCUGAUUUUACUGCCACACGUCAGUGUCUGUUUUGUACGGAUACCUCAGGUCUCUCUCACAAGGGAGUCGAUGGGAUAGAAGCAUCCUUGGGAAAUAUGUUCAAUGAUAAGGAACCAGUGAGUGUGUCAGACCAAUACCUGUUAUUGUUGUAAAAUAUAUUUUGCUCUCUCAUUUGUCUAUGUUGAUAAAUAAAACCUUGACUUUAAACACAAAAUAUAA